AGUACCGUUACGAAAGUAGAGAAAAAAAAAGCCAUGAAAUAUGACCGUUACACAGGAAAUUUAAAUAUGUGCUGAAACCUCGUCAAUCAAAUGGAAGCCAAAACUCAUUACUUCACUCCCAAUUCUUUGAAUCUUCACAGCCAAAACCCAAAAGAUGAUGUGAGAAAAGAGAAACAAUCAAGAACCGCAAAGUUUUGCAUUUCCCAAUGGCGGAACCGGAAGAGCUAAUGCAACAGCUGAGAUCCAAAGCCACAGAGCUCUUGCUCAGAGAAGAAUACAAGGAAUCCAUAAACGCCUAUUCACACUUCAUAACUCUCUGCCAAGAUCAACUCCACAAACACCAUGAAAAACCCGACCCAAACAAUGUCCUCAAGCUCCAGAAAUCCCUCUGUUUAGCCCUCUCUAACCGGGCCGAAGCCCGGUGCAGGCUCCGAGAAUUCGGCGCAGCCUUGGAGGACUGCGACGAAGCGUUGAAAAUCGAGAGUACCCAUUUCAAGACUCUUCUCUGCAAAGGGAAGAUCUUGAUGAACCUGAACAGGUACUCCAUGGCCUUGGACUGCUUCAGAACUGCCCACCUGGAUCCCCAGGUUUGUAAUGGGGGCUCCGAAAGCCUCAAUGGGUACUUGGAAAGAUGCAAGAAGAUGGAGUUCUUGUCGAGAACCGGGGCUUUCGAUCUCUCCGAUUGGGUUCUCAGUAGGUUCCACGGCAAGCCGCCUGAGCUUGCCGAGUACGUUGGGCAGGUUCAGAUAAGGAGAUCGGAGAUCAGCGGGCGAGGACUGUUCGCGGCGAAGAACAUCGAUGCGGGGACUUUGCUUUUUGUGAGCAAGGCAAUUGCCAUUGAGAGGAGUAUUUUGGGAGGUGAAGAAUUGGGAGAGAAUGCCCAAUUGAAUAUGUGGAAGAAUUUCAUUGAUGAAGUUACCAAUUUAGCGAGUAAGUGUCCUAGAACCCAUGAUUUGCUUGCUACAUUGUGUUCGGGUGAAGGUGAAAAUGAUCUUGAGAUUCCUGAUAUGAGCUUAUUUAGGUCUGAGAGUGAGAGUAGUUGUGGCAUCUCAGUAGAGAAGCUUGAUAGGAAGAGGAUUUUAAGCAUCUUGGAUGUGAAUUCUCUAGUGGAAAAUGCAGUUGCAGCCACGGUUUUGGGGAAGAACAGUGAGUAUUAUGGAAUUGGUUUGUGGGUUUUGGCUUGUUUUAUCAACCAUUCAUGUGUUCCCAAUGCAAGGCGUUUGCAUGUUGGUGACUAUGUAUUAGUCCAUGCUUCUAGAGAUGUUAAGGCUGGUGAGGAGAUCACAUUUGCAUACUUUGACGUGCUUUCUCCACUGGGAGAGCGCAAGGAGAUGUCAAGGAGGUGGGGUUUUGGUUGCGGCUGCAAGAGGUGCGAGUUCGAGGAGGGAAUUUUUUCGAGGCAAGAAGUGAGAGAGAUUGAGAUAGGUCUUGAGCGAGGCAUGGAUACUGGUGGCACGGUUUUUAGGUUGGAGGAAGGGAUGAGGAGAUGGAUGGUGAGAGGCAAAGAGAAGGGCUAUUUGAGGGCAUCGUUUUGGGCUGCAUUUAGUGAAGCUUAUGGCUCGGAAAAGUCGGUGAAAAAGUGGAGCCGGCGAAUUCCUCCUGUGGAUUCUGUGCUGGACAGCAUCAUGGAAGCAGUGGGGAGCGACGAGAGGGUAUUGAAGAUCUUGUUGGACAGAAUGAAAAAGAGUGGUGGUAGUGGCGGCGUAGUGGAGAUGGAGAAAGCUCUGAAACUGGGAAGAGGACUGUAUGGAAAAGCAAUGAAGAAGCAAGCUAUGAAGACUCUUGUAGAUCUUGUUCAUGAACAUGCUAUUAACUAAAUAGCCAAAAGUUUUCUACCACUUGUUGAACACAACUUUCUGAAUUAAAUAGUAAUUUACUUU